AUGAAGUACUUUCUGUUCAUAUCAAAAAAUGAUGUGAGGGCGGGGAAGGUGUGGAUCGAGAAGGUGCUGCAGCGGAUUCGGAGGGAGGAGGUGCAAGCCAUGAGGAAGGAGGUGAUUCGGAUCAUUCCCAUGAUGGUGUAUGCAAAUCCUAGGUCUACACUACAGAGUCUGGAGGAUGCAUUUGAUUUAACCAUGAAAGGGGUUCUGGGGAGAGUCGAGAGGUUAAGGAAGGAGAUGAAGGAGGGAAGGGAUUCCAGUGGUGAGUAUGCAGAGGGAGAGAGUUGGAAGUACGAGUUGUGUGGGAAUGUUGGAGCACAUGAAUGGGAUCCUUUCUUCUCAAAAACAAAACAUUCUCCCUCCUGGUGA